AUGUUAUUUUUUGAAAAAAACAUCAAGUUUGAAUCACGACAAAUAUUUGUUAAUUUAGUUGAAAAUUUUGUUUUAAUAAUUAUGAAUCACCUCAAACUGGUUGUGGUCGGUCCAAACAAGUGUGGCAAAUCAUAUAUUUGCAAUUAUCUUUCCGAAACUGUAGAACAGGUUACUGGUGGAUAUCAUCCAACUAGUGGUGUCAGAAUAUUGGAAUAUGAACAAAAAGUCAAGAUAAAAGGAAAAAUCAGUAAAGUUGAAGUCGAGCUAUGGGAUGCCAGUGGCGAUAAAAAGUAUGAAACUUGCUGGCCAGCUAUUUUCAAAGGGUCUAAUGGAAUUGUUUUUGUAUAUAACCCUGAUAAUCCUAAUCACGUAAAUGAUCUACAAAAUUGGUGGGUUUUCCUUACUGCCACUUUUUGUAGGUAUCGAGCAGUGCCGCCUAGUUUGGGCCUGAGUGAACAGCAGAUGUGCAUCAUUUGUCACAAAAAACCAGACACAUCAUUUCGGGACCCGGUUUCUCUACCAGAUGACCUGCAUAAAAUACUCCACUUGUUUUCUAAUAUACCAAAGGAUGGGGAAAGACUCAAAGAAAAGUUUGGAAAAUUUGUAUCACAUGUAGCAUGGGGCAGGGUGGAGGCAAGUGAACAAGAAGAGCUUCAAAUAAUGAAUAGUUAGAAAUAUAUUAUUGGAUUUUAUAAUUCAGCCUCAUGAUCAUUUUUAUUUUGAUAGUAAUACGAAAAUAAUGCGUACAACAUAUUUUUCGGUCGUUGUAGUUUGCAUUUUCUUCCCAAUAAAUCUGAGUACAUACGGAA